CGGCGUGGGCGAGCAUCACGGCCGGAGGACCUUUGUUUACAUUGACAUUUUUCUCGAUUUCGAGGCGUUUGGGAAUCCCCUGGCGGGUCCUUUGGGAGUCCGACGGCUAGUUUGGGCAUUUGUGAUCUAUGUAGUGCCGGUGGGCGACCGCUGCGGGGCGCCAGAAGGGGGAAAUCAGGGCGAAAUCAACAAGUCUUCCCCGGGUGAGAGGGAGACGAGGCCGCCAUCUGGGAGAUCCCGUAAUAUACGCAAAAAAAAGGUCGGAAAAUAGCAAGAAAUCUCCUUAAAAAGUGCAUCGGAUUGUUCUCGCGAAGGAAAGACGUGCUUCGCUCCUCUCAAGGACGGAAAUAAGGCGCCACACAAGACCAAAGAGGGUGGAAAUCGCCUCCAAAUAAGCCAUUUAAAGAGACUCCGGUUUAAAGGUCCACUAACAACACAAACAAAAAAAAAAUUCUUCUAUCCUUGCAUCCUUCUUCCUUCCUUCCUUCCUUCCCCGCGAGUCCCCGAGCCUCCUGCGGCCUCCGGAGUGGGAGAGUGAAGUGAAUUUAGCCGAAAAAUACCGAAAUAAAACCCCGUAAGGAUUUCUUCUCUAAGGAUACCCUCAUAGGAUACCAAAACAAGCCUCCACAACAUACCAAGACUUCACGAGGAUACCCUAGAAGACCCUCCUGGGACACCCACGCAGGAUCCCUGGGAGUAGACCUACGUAGGACACCACCGCAGGAUCCCCACCGCAGGAUCCCGCAGGAGUGCCCUUUUGGUGAGAUCCCUCCGAGGAUUGAGCGACAGGAGUCCCAGAGGAUGGCCGAGGGCGUGGUGCUGCUGGGGCCGGGCGGGGGGGAGCCCGUGGCCCACAGGACGAGGGGAGCGCUGGAGGAGAUCCCCAGGCCGGCCACCGUCACCCUGAGGCAGACAGGAAACCCAGCAAAUGGCCUCACCUGGUCGGCAACCGUCAACCUCCCUUCCUCGUACCUCUCCCCAACACCUUCGCCCGACGAGCUCGUGAUUCGUGGUAGGGGCCGGAGAUCCCUCCCACUAGAGUGGUCUCCAAUCCCCAUAGAGAGCCCUGUGAAGCGCAUGGAGAAAACCCCCCUCAAGAGGUCUCCGGGCAAAGGCAUGAUUGUCCUCCGAUCUUCUCCGAGAAAGAGGCUGCAACUCAGCGACACCCCGCCCAAGGAACUCUUGGAAAGUAGACGGAUGAUGAUGCAGAUGUCACCCAUUGUAAAGAAAUGCCGCAGUUUGACAGUCUCACCUGUUCAGUCUCCACCAGAGGUUGCUAUAAAGGGACUGACACAACACCAGCUGGUGGAUGUUCUCAACAGUGUCUUGGAAAGGCAUCCAGAGCUAAAAGAGGAGAUAUCCGACAUUCUGCCCCAGCCUGACUUGAAGCAAAUGGAAGAGAAGCUGAACCAGCAGAAGAAGUGCAUCUUCAAGGCACUGCCAGUAUCCCGAUUAGCUUCCAAGACGGACUCUCCUGCAUAUAACAAGGCAUCUCCACAUUUGUCAAAUUUCAAGAAAACAGUACAGGAGCAGUGCACCCAGCUGGCUGAGGCUGAGCAGUGGGCAAGCCUCAUUGACUACGCUCUCAUCGCGUGGUCAUACGUCCGUGCGACACCCCAGUGGGAUGCGUCUCAUCACAACAACACCCGGCGAUUCUGCUUCAAAACCCUCGCGCAGUAUUGCCUCCAAGGUCUUAAGGAGGUCAAGUGGAACAGGGAUCAACUGGAGAACUUGUUGAAAAAGCUUGAGCAGUGUCGCUCAGACCACGAUGAGGUGGAACACUGCAUUGAGCAUGUACAGACAGUUCUGAGCAAUAUGCAGUGACAUGUAAUGGAGAUCACUGCAGGGGGAUACAAGAUGGUAGUUUUGUAGGUUGUAUCUGGCCAGCUGUCUCUGGUGAAAGAUGCUAGAUGGUCACAGCAAAGGGAGAGAAUUCUCUUGUAUAUAUAUUUUUUCUGGAAGACCAUCAUUUUGAUUGUAUACAGAAAUGAAGAGAGUAAGUACUGCUUGUAUUUGCCCAUGUAUACAGAGUUGCUAAACUAUGACGCUGAUUUGACUUUUAUGCAGAGUACAGAGAUGCUAGCGUGCCACUACAAAGGUUCCUUAACAUACGCUUCAAAACUUAUUUCAAAUGUGUGCUCGUCACAGUGCACUAACUCGCUAUAAGGUUACGAAGGGGAUGUCUGUGUUGAAUAAAGGCCAGCAUUGAUCUAGUGUACUUCACAGAAUCCCCUAUAGGUACACUUUCCAUGUGUUUUUUUUUUUUGUGUUUUUUUGUAUGUUUCAAAUUCCUGCAAAGGUACUUUUGAAAGUCAGUGAGGUGAUUUUGUAAUGAUUUAUACAGUAACCUUUGUGGAGAACAUUAUCUUAUAGUAUGUAAAUUGGAAAGGUACUUAAUAGAUAAGCAUGAAUAAGUAAUACAAUGUUAUGAAUUACUGUAUUGUUAUUGAAUCUAACAAUAAGCUGAAGUAUUUGAAGGUUUCUUCUCAAAAAAACAAAUGGGCAGUUUCCUUUAAAUUUUAGCUAUUUUUAAGUCAUUUAUAUGUAAGUUAUUUUUGUAAGUGUCAAAGAUUUAAGAAGAGAAAGGUUAAACAUUCAUAUUGAGAUAGUUUGUAGAAUUACUUUGCAUCUCACCGUUAUUUUUAUAACUUUUCAUACACUUUUUUUUUUUAGUCUUCAGAAAUCCUUUGACAAAGUCAUUAUUGAAUACUGUUUAACAAACUGGCAUAAAACCCGUCAUUCUGUAGUUGCUGUUAAGUAGAGCUCUAUACCUUCAAUGUACAAAUUUAUUUAUAUGUAUAUGGAGUGCACAUUUACACCAGCGAGAACUGGUGAUCUUGAAGAUGAAACAAGGUAUUUCUUGUUAUUAGGCUACUAUAAUUACAAGAUAAAAGAUUGUAAAAAAAAAAGGGGGAAUUCCAUGGACUCUCUGAAGAGACAAGACCAGAAGGUGCAUUCCAAGGAAAAGAAAAACAGGGAAAUUAUAUACAAAUGAAUACAUUGAAUUAUAAUUUUGGUGGGCAGGUUUAUGCAGCUGUGUUAAGGAGUUGUUUUUAAAAUGAAAAGUUUAUGAUAUAAAAAAAGGGUUAUUUUGCUGCUGCAGUAAUAUACCUUAUUUAUUUACAUAUGCUGUCAUGAACAACAGUUUUAAUUUGAUCAGACAUGGGAAAAACUAGUAGGUUUAAAAGAAUAUAGGCUGCCAUUUCCUGAUGUUUUCCAAGAUAUCUUGUAAGAGUGCCUUGUUCUAAAUUGUGAUAAUGAUAACUGUGUGCUCAACAUUUUAAUGUGUAGGGUAGAGUUAUUAUGUAAUGAUUGUAUAAUGGAGACUUGAUUUUAUUUUUGAGGAAAUUUGUUCAGCAUUAUUGCUUGUUCGGUUUAUUGUUACCUUUCUUAAGUUUAAAGUUAGAUUGCAAAAAAGUAUCAUUUUUUAGAUGAAUUGUAAGGAGCAGACUUGUUCUCCGAGAAGGAAAUAACAAUUUUGAAAUAUACAUUUUUUUUUUUCUUUCUUUUUUUUUUCUUUUUUUUACAUCGUGAUACUUUUACCCUGUAAUGUAUUUCAGAAAAUGCUGUUGUACGUUAUUAUAAAUGAUCUGUAAAACAAAAGAUUUUUUGUUUUUCUUUUCAUCUUUUCUUUUUGACAAUAUAACUUUACAGCCUCAUAGAUAUUGCAUUAUGAAUACCUGAAAUUAACUCCACAUUUGAUCUAUAUCAUUAGAGGCAGAGCAACAAUACCAUUUACAAAACUGGGCAGUUUCCUGGAUUUUUUUAAGAGAUCUAGAUGAAAAGCCGAUUUCAUGAGAUGCAACUUGUCAAUACUUUUUCCGAGAUUCAUGCUUGGUGUGUGUGUGAAUUUUGCCAGGAAGAGUAUAUAAUUGCUCUACAAAUACAAUACCCUUGUAAAUACGUAGAAUUUACGUUUUGUGAUGGAUAAGUUGGUCUAGUUCCAGCCUACAUUCCCUUGGCAAAAUAUCCCUCUAAAUCACCCAACAAAUGACAUUAGCAUUAUGGUCCAUCACUUGGGAAAACCUUAUCUUGGUACAUCCUACACACAUAUUGUUACCAUGGAACAUUUGUAUAAUAUCCUAAUGCCGAGUGAACAUCAUGUGAGCUUAAUGAUAUAUAAUGUUGUAUGGUUAUUGUCAGUACAAAUAAUAUCUUUA